AUGCUGCCGGCAAUUCCGGGCAACAGGUUGACCCGAGCGGGGAACGGCGAUGGUCAAAGGUCUCUGCACGAAACAAACCAUGUCUAUCACAAUCGAUCUUCGAGCUUCAACCAGUCCAGACCAGGAGUCAGCAGCUCAGCCGCCGGGUCAGAAGUCCGCAGUGAAACAGACUUGUCUAUCGGGAAAGAUCAGAUGCCGAGAGGACGAAGUGCCGAGCCUACGUUGAGACCUUCCAUCGGUCAUCCCACCCGCCCAUUGACCAGACUGCCAGACGAGACAACAGAGUUUCAACCACUUGGAAGAAUCAGAAGAGAGGAAUCCAACAUCCCGAUUUCAGGAGACUUAGCUGCACAUCAGAAACCGGGGCUUCCCCAACACAAGUCUGUUCAAAAUGUUCCGAAACAUUCGAGUAUCGAAAACCGCACAAACCUUAGCCUCCAGGACUUCAGUAGAGCGAUCAGAGAAGCUGCGAAGUUGAAAAACGACCCACACAAAGUCGAAGAAGCUGCCAAACUAAUUCUAGACGCGAUGUUGUGGGACAACAUCCAGAAACUCCCGCGCGACAACAUGGAGAUAGUCGUCGCGCGGCAUCAUCUGGGAGAGUGCUAUUUCCACAUGGGGAAGUAUAGCGAGGCUGAGAAGCUUUACCGUGAAGUUCUCAAGGCCCGCAACUCCCAGAAGCCUCCCGACCCUCUGAAAAUCUUAGAGGUUCGAAAGGAUUUGGUGGCCACACUCAUCGAGUUUGCCAGACUAGAGGAUGGAGGGGAUAUUGCGAAAGCCGAGAAGCUCAACUCUGAGGCACUGGCGCUAGCUGUUGACAACAUGAACGACAAGAAAAACAGUGAUCAGGACGACGACAUCGAUAAUGUCCUUCAUUGUACUGAGGUUCUUCUGGAAAACCGAAAUCGAAAGCCUAUGGAGCUUGCUAGGCUGAAAAGGACUCGUGUCCGUGCGUUAGUCAAGAUCGGAGACGACAUGAGCGAUGACGAACUGAUCGACAUUAAAUACCAUGGAAUCGAGGCGUUCAAAUUGUUCACCGUGGAUCUAAAGGAUAGAAAACGCGGAUACGAAGUAUACCACAUCAUUGAGUCGCGCAUAUGGAAAUAUGGUGCCCAUGACUCCGGUCAAUUCAGAAGGGCAACAAGUAUAGAGGAAGAAGUCAAGGAUGAGUGGAGAAAGGCAACGGGAAUGCUUGCGAGCAAGAGAUGGAAGAAGUGUUUGAAGAAAAUACGCGCCGACGUGAUAAGGAAUGUCAUACCUCGGAAGAAGGAGAUGCGUGAAGCUUGGUAUCUCAUUUGCCGAAGAGUACUGGCCAGACAGAGAUGGCAGAGAGCUUCGGCAGAAGCCAUAAGAGAAGCAAAACUAAGAAUUGCUCACCGCAGGAGGCUGGCUAGUCAAUGGAGAUUGGUGGUCCACCAGGUUAUAGAGAGGAAGAAGGAAGAAGAUCAGAAGAAAAAGAGACAAGAAGAAAGCGAGGAAAAGAGGAAGCGGGGCGAAGAGAGAAGGAAGAGAGACAAGGAGCAGAAGCGACUCAGAGAAGAGGAGGAGGAAGAAAAGGAAAGGGCCGAGGAAACUCGACUUAAGAAAUCACAUGAAGAGAGGGAACAGAAGAGAAUUGAGAAAGACCUGAUGGACAAGCGAAAGCUGGAGGAUCAGGCAGCGGUAAGGGCCAUGGUAUUGGAGGAAGAAGCGGCUCAGACAGCACGAGCGCAGAGAUCUGAGGAUCCCGAAAUUAAGCAAGGAAUCAGAAAAACAGAUACUGGGAUCUCGGAAUGGUCAGAGCCUGAAACACCAUUACAUUUCAACUCAGAACAAGCCUUCUUCGACGCAGAGACUGAACUCAGCAGCAUACAAAACAGCGAAAAGUGGAUGAGAGAUUUCAUCAGGUCUCGCGAUAUGAUCCUUAGUACUCGACAGGAAAAGAACAUGGAGCGUGUCAGGGUAACCAUUGUUGAUACAGGUCUCGAUACGACCCACCCAUUUGUCGCGAAGCGGCAGUGGCCAGACUACAGGCAAGCAGCGAACAAGAAGGUGGCUCUUUUCCAGGACUUCGUGACAGAAACCCCUAGCGUGGAAGCGAUCGAUGAGGACGGACAUGGAACUUUCAUUGCUGGCAUUAUGCUCCAGCUCGCACCACUCGUUGAGCUUUCUAUAGCUCGUGUGGCCACAACACGGGCCUCCUUUUUGAAAGAUCCCAACGCCGAGGAAAAAGUCACGAAAGCAAUCAACCACGCCGUCGAGGAAUGGGAAACAGACAUUAUUUCAAUGUCUCUUGGGUUCCCACGCAUCAAAACGCUGGAAUUUCGAAACGUCAUUGGCAAGGCCACUUGGAAGAAUAAAAUUCUUUGUGCGGCCGCAGGCAACUCAGGAAACAUUAACGCCCACGUCUCCUUUCCUGCUCGACUCGCUGGUGUUUUCAAGAUCUUUGCGGCCGACCAUAUGGGCGGCAAGUGCUCCUUCAGCCCAAGGCCUGGCCUGGACAGUGAGAUGUGCUUCAGCAUUCUCGGCCACGAUGUCGUGUCGAUCUGGCCGGAAGCUCUGCGAGACAAAAUUAUGGAGUCGGGUAAGAAGGUGAUAGAGAAGAAGAACUCAAAGAAGUAUCCAGGGCUGUGGGUUGCCAUGUCGGGAACCUCCUUCGCGACACCGAUAGUUGCGUCUGUCGUUGCCAUACUAUACCAGUUCUACGACGCAAACAAAGCCGAGAUCGACCUCGGACCGGCUUUGGAAUUCAAGACGGUCGAAGCCAUCAGAAUCAUACUAUUGAGGAUGUGCAUGGCGCCCGCUGCGGACCAGCACAACUACCUCAACCCUUGGGUGGGCCGGGACAACUACUUCAAUUUCAGCGGGGAAGAGAGGAACUCUGUUUCCUUUUUUGCACUGAUGCUACGGCUUUGUUUGCGAGCUUGGAACACAUAG